AUGCACUACUCUGCUUCAGGUCUCGCGUUGGCAUUCUUGCUUCCUGCAAUUCAGGCUCAGCAAACUCUCUAUGGGCAAUGUGGGGGAUCUGGCUGGACCGGUGCUACGAGCUGUGUAGCUGGCGCAGCGUGUUCUACUCUGAACCAAUGGUACGCUCAGUGCUUGCCAGCCGCAACCACCACGUCUACUACCCUGACCACGACAACAUCUUCAGUAACCACGACGAGCAAUCCUGGCUCUACGACAACUACAAGCUCUGUUACUGUCACUGCCACUGCAUCUGGAAACCCUUUCAGUGGCUACCAGCUCUACGUCAACCCUUACUACUCAUCUGAGGUGCAAAGUAUCGCCAUUCCAUCCCUCACUGGGACACUCUCCUCGCUUGCACCGGCAGCCACUGCUGCCGCCAAGACAAGAGAUGUUGCCGCAAAGGUGCCCACAAUGGCGACCUACCUCGCGGAUAUCCGGUCACAGAAUGCUGCCGGAGCCAACCCUCCUAUUGCAGGCCAAUUUGUUGUUUAUGACCUUCCGGACCGUGACUGCGCCGCUCUGGCCAGUAAUGGCGAGUUUGCCAUUUCAGAUGGCGGGGUGCAGCAUUAUAAGGAUUAUAUUGAUUCCAUCCGCGAAAUUCUCGUGGAGUACUCAGACGUCCACGUAAUCCUGGUUAUUGAACCGGACAGUUUAGCUAAUCUUGUCACAAACUUGAACGUUGCUAAAUGUGCCAACGCCCAGAGCGCUUACCUGGAAUGCACAAACUACGCGGUCACGCAGCUCAACCUUCCGAACGUGGCCAUGUAUCUUGACGCUGGACAUGCCGGCUGGCUUGGCUGGCCAGCAAACCUCCAGCCCGCCGCAAACCUCUACGCAGGAGUCUACUCAGACGCCGGGUCACCGGCCGCACUUCGUGGUCUUGCUACCAACGUCGCCAAUUACAACGCCUGGGCAAUCGAUACCUGCCCUUCAUACACGCAAGGUAACUCCGUUUGUGACGAAAAGGACUACAUCAACGCCCUCGCUCCCCUGCUUCGCGCUCAGGGCUUUGACGCUCACUUCAUCACAGAUACGGGCCGCAACGGGAAGCAGCCAACAGGCCAACAAGCCUGGGGCGACUGGUGCAACGUCAUCGGCACGGGCUUCGGCGCGCGCCCAUCCACGAACACAGGUGAUUCCUUAUUGGAUGCUUUUGUCUGGGUUAAACCUGGUGGCGAGAGUGACGGGACUUCUGAUACGUCCGCGGCGCGGUAUGAUGCGCAUUGCGGGUAUAGCGACGCGCUGCAGCCAGCGCCCGAGGCGGGAACUUGGUUUCAGGCAUAUUUCGUGCAGCUUUUACAGAAUGCGAACCCGUCUUUCUAG